ACACCCGGUGCUGGACGGAUCGKGAAUGUGCGUCUUGUUUUAAUUCGUCCCUUGUGAGUGUACUGACUUCAGUCACAUGUCUGCAGAACCCGAGUCUGUAGCAGACCGGGGCAGACGUCGUUCAACCGUGAGAGGAACUAGCCAGCUAGCUAGCUUUUAUUUUUUUUAGCAAACAGAGCAACUUGCACGAAAAUUAUUUAUCUAGUCAUUUCUGAUUGUCUUGCCAAAAUCAAGUUUAUCAAGUGGUCGGUCAAGACUAGCAUGGGAUGCUGACUAUGGAAUUUAGUUGUCUUGCUAGCUAGCUUGUUAGCAUUUGUGUGUGUGUUAACGCUAGCUAGCUGGAUAGAGRAAUUUCCUUGUGAUUCAUUUUUGGACGUAAUUUGCUUGGUUGUCAUGGCUUCAACGAAUGACAGGAAUUAUCUUCAAGUCACCAAUGCGGAUUAAAUAAACGGUUUGAUCGGYGGGGGGGACAUGACAUUUUAGGCGUGCCUUGUAACGUUGCUCAACGUGAAAGUGUUACUUGUCAUACUGGUUGGCUAGUAAACAUUAGCAUAGCUAGCUAAAACGAAACGACGGUUUCCACCAACCGCUACYAGGAAAGCUCCACAAUGCAUGACGCUUACGAACCGGUACCUAUCCUGGAGAAACUCCCUCUCCAGAUUGACUGUCUUGCGGCCUGGGAGGACUGGCUUCUAGUCGGGACCAAACCAGGCCAUCUGCUGCUCUACAGAAUCAAAAAGGAUGCAGGUACCAACAGGUUUGAGGUGACUCUGGAGAAAUCCAACAAGAACUUCUCCAAGAAGAUCCAGCAGCUCUUCAUUGUCUCACAGUACAAGAUCCUCAUCAGUCUACUGGAGAACAACAUCCAUGUCCACGACCUAUUGACCUUUCAGCAGAUUACUGUGGUCUCCAAGGCCAAAGGGGCAACGCUCUUCGCCUGUGACCUGCAGCUGUCCCCUUCAGGAGAGGCCCAGCUGAGGAUGUGUGUUGCAGUGAAGAAGAAACUUCAGCUGUACUACUGGAAGGACAGGGAGUUCUACGAGCUGCAG